AUGCAGCGUUUCCGAAAACCGUAUCACUGCUCAGACUGUGGGAAGAGUUUUACUAAACAGAGUAAUCUCAAAAUACACCAGUGCAUUCACACAGGAGAGAAACCGUAUCACUGCUCAGACUGUGGGAGGAGUUUUACUGAACAGAGUACUCUCAAACUGCACCAGCGCAUUCACACAGGAGAGAAACCAUAUCACUGCUCAGACUGUGGGAAGAGUUUUACUAAACAUAGUACUUUCAAAAUUCACCAGCGCAUUCACACUGGAGAGAAACCGUAUCACUGCUCAGACUGUGGGAAGAGUUUUACUAAACAUAGUACUUUCAAAAUACACCAGCGCAUUCACACAGGAGAGAAACCGUAUCACUGCUCAGACUGUGGGAGGAAUUUUACUAAACAGAGUCAUCUCAAAAUUCACCAGCGCAUUCACACAGGAGAGAAACUGUAUCACUGCUCAGACUGUGGGAAGAGUUUUAAUCGACACAGUCAUCUCAGACUGCACCAGCGCAUUCACACAGGAGAGAAACCGUAUCACUGCUCAGACUGUGGGAAGAGGUUUAAUCAACAGGGUGAUCUCAAAAAACACCAGCGCAUUCACACAGGAGAGAAACCGUAUCACUGCUCAGACUGUGGGAAGAGGUUUAAUCAACAGGGUCAUCUCAAAAUUCACCAGCGCAUUCACACAGGAGAGAAACCGUAUCACUGCUCAGACUGUGGGAAGAGUUUUAUUAAACAGAGUGAUCUCAAGAAACACCAGCGCAUUCACACAGGAGUGAAACCAUAUCACUGCUCAGACUGUGGGAAGAGUUUUAAUCAACUGAAUCAUCUUAAAAAUCACCAGUGCAUUCACACAGAAAUUUAUCCCAGAUGUAUUCCACUGCAAUAAAAAGUGCAAAUUCUAAAUCUUUGACAGCCAAAACACCUUAUUUCACGCAAAACCUUCACUCUGUCACUUGAGACACAUUCCAACAGAAACAAACAAGAACUGAAUUUAACAAUGUCAUUUACAUGUUCAGCAAAAUUAAUCAUAUUUGGGCAUGUUGUUUAAUGUAUUCCAUGAUAUGUUUUCCCCAGACAUGUAUAUGUAUAAAGACAUAUAUAA